AGGUACAGUGUAUAUAAAUGCUGCAUUUGUGGUAAGUGAUAACACUGACUGUGUGCACUUAACAAUAUUUACCCAAAUUUAAAGUUCAUCAAAGAGAAGAAUAUUUAUUAAUUUAUAUAAAUUUUCAAGAACAAACUUAAGGGUAGGGGAAUAAAAUUCAAAUGAAUAAUGAGAUUUCUUGAAGAUGAUUGCCCAUCAUAUUUUCUAAUUAUGAUUUCUCACUCAUGAUUUAGUUGUCAGAGAAAUUAAAGUACCUGAUACACAGUACUUUAGAUAUCUGAAAUCAAAUGAAUUUAUCCCAAGGUGAUAGAACCAAACAAGGCAUAUCAAACUGCUUCUGAAUUUCCUUUUAUUAAUAAAUAGUUUCAUUAAUAGUGUUUUCUUAAUAACGAAGGCCAUUUCUUAUUAUUAAUUUUUUUUUCAUAAAAGAGUAUGCAAUAUUUUGUUGUGAUCAUGAACUUGCUUUUCCACUGCUCCUAGACUUCUAACAUUGUUCAGACCAAUGUCUCUCAAGCUGAUAUGGAAGAGGGGUAAAUAAUGCAGAAUGUGAAUGAAGAGUGUACAAAGACUGUGUGUUACAUGCCUGAGAAUCGUUAUUGAUGCACAGUAUUAAAGUGUGAAUAAUUUUGUGAAUACUUCCAUGCAAAUACGUACAGAUGGAGGGGUGCUUGGUACACGUUUCUUAAUUCUCACAUUCUUUGAUUUUUUAAAAAGGUGUUCAAGCAAUAUAGUAGCACAAAAUCUAACACGUGUCUCAGAAUUCCAACUCAUGAGCCUUUCAGAGGACCCAGAUCUGCAGCCCACCCUGUUUGGACUGUUCCUGUCCAUGUACCUGGUCACGGUGCUUGGGAACCUGCUUAUCAUCCUGGCGGUCAGCUCUGACUCCCACCUCCACACCCCCAUGUACUUCUUCCUCUCCAACCUGUCUUUUGUGGACAUCGGUUUCAUCUCGACCACAGUCCCAAAGAUGCUCGUGAACAUCCAAACUCAAAACAGAGUCAUUUCCUACGUUGGCUGCCUAACACAAAUGUCUCUUUUUGGCAUUUUUGUAUGUAUGGAUGACAUGCUUCUGACUGUGAUGGCUUAUGACAGGUUUGUGGCCAUCUGUCACCCCCUGCAUUAUACAGUCAUUAUGAACCCUCGCCUCUGUGGCUUCUUAACUUUGGUGUCAUUUUUGCUGAGUCUUUUGGACUCUCAGCUGCACAAUUUGAUGAUCUUACAAAUUACCAGCUUCAAGGAUGUGAAAAUUUCCAGUUUCUUCUGUGACCCUUCUCAACUUCUGAAUCUCUCCUGUUCUGACAACUUCUCUGAUAACAUUGUCAAGUACUUUCUUGCUGCCAUAUAUGGCCUUUUCCCUAUUUUAGGGAUCUUUUUCUCUUACUAUAAGAUAAUUGCCUCCAUUCUGAGGAUCCCAUCCUCGGGUGGGAAGUACAAAGUUUUCUCCACCUGUGGCUCUCACCUGGCAGUUGUUUGCUUAUUUUAUGGAACAGUUGUUGGAGUGUACUUGAGUUCAGCUGUAUCACAUUCUCCCAGAAAGGGUGCAGUGGCCUCAGUGAUGUACACUGUUGUCACCCCCAUGCUGAACCCCUUCAUCUACAGCCUGAGGAACAGGGACAUUAAAAAUGCACUUAGGAGACUCCACAGCCGAAUUUUCCACUCUUAGCAACUGUGUUGUUCAGUUGCAAUAUCUUGGAAAAUUCAGCAAAGCUAAACAGUUUGCCCUGCUAAUGUGCCUCUUCAUAACAUAAAGAGUUUUAGUUUCUCACCAUGUUUUAUAGUAUAAUGGUUUCAGCCUAUGUUAGGUAUCAAGAUUUCACUGCAUUAAGAUGACAAAUUUUGGAGAUGGAUAGUAGUUAGUUUCACAAGAAAACAAAUAACAAUAAAUGCCACUACAUUAUGCACUUGACAAUGGUGAAAUUUGUAACUUCUUUUUAUUUACAUACCACAUAUUGAAAGUGUACUCACGAAGCCAAUGAGUUUUAAAAAUGAAAUUAAAAAG